AUGGUGCGUGUGUGGGGUCUGAUGCUCGUGUGCUGGGCAUGGUCUCCUCUGUGUCUCUCAUCCACAGUGAGCUUCAUCGGCUCACCUCAGCAGUGUAAGAAGGCUCACUUUGUUCCUGGUUACAACCUGGGUGGAGAAGGCUUUGACAUCGUCACAAUGAAGAGAAAAGGUGCCUACGUCAUCAAUACUGAAACGUGGGACCUUGGAAACAAAACAUGCAGAAUGUUUAAAAACAGCUACAUGAAGGGUGAGAAGCAGAAGGUCCCGGCUGCCGUGGUGGACUGGAGAGCCCUGCCCAAAUGCAGCUUGAAGGUUUCCAGUACACUCUACGAUUCGGUCGAAAGUCUCGUCAACGACUCCACAUCAUCGGUGUCCAACAACUGGAAACUUGGUCUCGAUAUCCCUGCACACUUUUCAGUCUCUGUUGGGGUUGGUUUUGGAGGUUCACAUUCCAGGGCAUCUGAAUUUGGGAUGAGAAAGUCUAAACGAGACCGCUACGACUUUGUUCGCCAUUCGGUUCACUGUAACACCUACAGAUACAGACUAACCACAGAACCUCCCUUGAGUCAAGCUUUUGUUUCAGCUGUGACAUCUCUUCCUCCAUAUUCCUCUAUCUCUGAGAUAUCAUAUCGUCAUCUGAUUGAUACCUAUGGUACACACUACAUCACGCAGGUGUCCCUUGGGGGGGAAAUUAAAGCCAUUUCUUCAUUCAAAACCUGUAAGGCAAGCUUGAGUGGACUGACUGCAUCAGAAGUUAGUGAUUGUUUGUCAGUUGAGGCCUCGGUUAACUUUGCACAGAAUGCCGGCAUUAAAGCCAUGUAUCAACACUGUCAGGCACUGAAAAGUAAACUAUCUGGCCGGAGUUUCAGCUCUUUAUUUAAUGAGCGUUUCACAGAAGUCAUUGGUGGGGAUCAGAGGGGUCUUGUGUUAUUUCUUGGGUAUUCAAAUCCUAGUAUCUACAACAACUGGGUAGCUUCUCUGAAAAAGACACCUGAUGUUAUCCAGUACAAUCUGAAACCCCUCCACACCAUCUUGCCAAACAAUCAUAAAGCUCGGAAAGGACUGAAGAAAGAGGUGGAGAAGUACAUCAAGAACAAUGCAGUGCUGAAAAAAUGUUCAGAGUCCUGUCCGAUUGGACACAGAUCCAGCGGAAGAGAUCCCUGUGCUUGUGUCUGCAACGGUAACCAGAUGAUCAGGUCAAACUGCUGUCCUGCUGGCAGAGGUCUUGCAACAUUAAAGGUGUAUGGACUUUAUGCACGUGGUCUCUAUGGUGAUGUGAGCACCCAGACAGAUGGGUCAGUGGUGGUUAGAUAUAAGGACCAGAUCAAGCGCACUGCUAUUAUAGCCAAUAAUGACAACCCUAAAUGGUCAGAGGUAUUUGAAUUCGGACCCAUUGUCAUCAACACGGUAAACAAGCUGACAUUCACUGUUUAUGAUGAAGAUACAUACUGGAACAGCGACCUCCUGGGUAAAUGUUCAAUUUAUCUUCGUAGAGGUCUUGUUUCUGCCAGCUGCAUGUUUAAGUACGGCACCUUCUUCUUUACAUACAAAGUUCAGUGUGGACCACAUCUUGGUGGUAGCAGGUGUGAUGAAUACAUUCCCUGUUCCAUGAAUCCCUCCUUGGCUGACGUCUUCUACACCAGAAAUGGGAUUCUGGUUGGAGAGUCCGAGAAUGUCUAUGCUAAUUCAACUUUUCCGUCAGGUUAA